GAGAAUCCCAAACCACAGCUUAAAAAGAAAAAAGAAAAAAGAAAAAAGAAAAAGAAGCCAUGGUUUCAGCGACGACAGCAGCAUCCCACCUUAUCUUCUCCAGCUCCCAAUCCAUCUCCCGUUUCUCACCUCUCCAAACACUCGCCUCAUGCUCUUCCAGACACGGCCCCCGGCGGCCGCAUCUGUCCGUCGCCGGCGCCGGCGGCGGUGUCCGGUGCAUGGCGGUGGCGGAGGGCACCGGCGCAACGAAGAAGAAGAGCGGUUAUGAGAUUGAGACGCUGACCAACUGGCUCCUGAAGCAAGAACAGGUGGGCACAAUCGACGCCGAGCUCACCAUCGUUCUCUCCAGCAUUUCCAUGGCCUGCAAGCAGAUUGCCUCCCUUGUCCAGAGGGCCAGCAUUUCCAAUCUCACCGGCGUCCAGGGCGCCGUCAACGUCCAGGGCGAGGAUCAAAAGAAACUCGACGUCGUCUCCAACGAGGUGUUCUCAAACUGCUUGAGAUCGAGUGGGAGGACAGGGAUCAUAGCAUCAGAGGAGGAAGACGUUCCGGUGGCGGUGGAGGAGAGCUACUCUGGCAACUACAUUGUCGUCUUCGACCCCCUCGACGGAUCGUCCAACAUAGACGCAGCCGUCUCCACCGGCUCCAUCUUCGGCAUCUACAGCCCCAACGACGAAUGCUUCGCCGAAAUCCAAGAAGACGGCACACUGGACACAGUGGAGCAGAGGUGCGUGGUGAACGUGUGCCAGCCGGGGAACAAUCUCCUCGCAGCAGGCUACUGCAUGUACUCGAGCUCCGUCAUAUUCGUGUUGACGAUAGGCAAAGGCGUCUACGCAUUCACACUAGACCCCAUGUUUGGGGAGUUUGUGCUCACCACAGAGCAAGUCCAGAUACCGAAAUCCGGUAAGAUAUACUCCUUCAACGAAGGCAACUACCAGCUCUGGGACGACAAGCUGAAGAAGUACAUCGACGAUCUUAAGGACCCCGGCCCCACCGGGAAGCCUUACUCGUCCCGUUACAUCGGCAGCUUGGUCGGGGACUUCCACCGCACUUUGCUCUAUGGCGGGAUUUAUGGCUACCCGAGGGAUAAGAAGAGCAAGAAUGGGAAGUUGAGGUUGUUGUACGAGUGCGCUCCCAUGAGCUUUAUAGUCGAGCAAGCCGGCGGAAAAGGCUCCGAUGGCCACCAUAGGAUUCUCGAUAUCGAGCCCACUGAGAUACAUCAACGAGUGCCGUUGUACAUUGGAAGUGUGGAUGAGGUGGAGAAAUUAGAGAAAUAUUUAGCUUAAUUGAUGCCAAACAUUGUAAUUUCGGACUACUGUCAAUUUUUACCAACAUAAAGCAAUACUAUUAAUGUUUGUUUA